AUUUGCAGUGUAUGUGAAUGACAUCAGCUAACAGGAAGUUAACAUGGAAGCAAGUUGGUCCCCAGCCUACAUUAUGUAUUUUUGGCUGGACCACCUCAAGCAGUUUUUGUUGUUGCUGCUGCGCAAAGAGUUUGUUAUUCUGCCUACAAAGCUUCACACAGUUUGAUGCAUAUAUGCUGUUUGUAAUAUGGUGGGACACAGUGUAGGUUUCAGCUUGUUGAGUAAAUGCUUCGGCUCAUCACAGUGAGCAUCAACUUUGGCCCUGGAGACAAAACAAAGUCCUGAAGAAAGUUAUCUUGCUCUGUUUUUGUUGCCAUCCUCACUGGCUCAGUGCACAACGUUCAGCUUCUCUGUCAGCAAGUCUGCAGCAUGGAACAACUCAACUCCUCUGUGGUCACUUCUAACAUCUCCUCCUCUCCUGGACAUCCACCUCCUGCCUCCUGGGACUCCAGCGGUCUGGUCCCUGCGGUGGUGCUGUCUGUCUGCUUCCUGCUGGGAGUUCCUGGAAACAUCGCUGUGAUCAUCCUCAGACCAAACUGGGAGAACAUGUCCAGUCUGAGCCAGAUUCUGAUGCUGAAUUUGGCCAUAUCAGACCUGCUCUGCUUGGUCAUCCUGCCUCUGUGGAUUUACACUCUACUGUUCAGCAGGAAAAUUGGUCUGGUGGCCUGUAAGCUCCUGAUGUAUCUCAUAUACUGCAGCAUUUAUGGAAGCAUGCUGACUGUGACGGUCCUGAGUGUCCAGCGCUACCUCCAGGUGGUGCGUCUUCAGAAGUUCUUUGAUCAGCAAGAAAUGGGGAGGCUGGUGGUUCUGCUCUGGCUGGUUGCAAUGAGCCUGUCCAUCCCUACUUUGGUGGUUCGGCAGCUGAAGACAGAUCAGCACUGGACAAGCUGCCAACCUCACUACUCUUCCGAGGCCCAGCAGGCGGCCAAGCUACUGACAGAGACUGUGGUAGGAUCUGUUUCAGUUUCUGUUGUGGCAUUUUCAUACAUCAGCCUUUACAGAACAGUGGACCAGGCAGCUUUCUUCAACAACCCACAGACGACCCGGCUGGUCACAAGUAUCAUCGUGACCUUUUUUGUCCUCUGGAUGCCAUAUUAUAUCAUAAAUGUGCUCGGUGUGGCAGGUGUUUUACUGAAAAAUGAGGGGAUGUUGAAGUUUUUUGUGGACAGCAGGGGCAUUGCUGCAGCACUGACAUUUGCUGCCUGAAUCCACUCCUUUAUGCGUUUGCUUCUAGAAACAUGUGCACAGUGUGCCAAACAAGGGAACAUUAAUGCUGGUUUUAAAGCAGAAGCUCACCUUUCCUGGAAGUCUGAUCAUUUGAUGUAGUAUGACUGAUGAAAAGUCAAAGAAAGACACCUGAAGGAGCUGAGGAUGAGACUUUACAGAAAACUUUGAACAGUUGUAGAUGUGAAGGUUGCAGGGCUCAACAAUAAGGAUUGCCUGAUUGCCCGGGGCAAGUAAAACGCGGUCGGGCAUGU